CAGGAUGAUGCUGGUCAACCGCGUCGUGCGCCGGGCGUCACGCCGGUGUCUGAGCAGCAAGCCGACGACAACGACGACGACUGCAACGACGCCGACGGCGCCCAAGCCCAUCACGAACGAUACCAUGGGCGACACGGCGACGACGCGUCUCUUUGGCUCCGACUGGGCCGACCGGCGCGGGCAGCGCGUCUCGUUCACGAUGAAGGUCUACUGGUCCAUCUUUGGCCUCUUCAUCUUGAACGGCGCCGUGACGCAGAUGACGGGCCGCGACGAGUUUCACUACUACGACUUGGUCAAGUCGACGCUCCGCGAUGCUGCAUUUGGCAAGCCCGCGGCCACGGAGCACGACAUGAUUGCGGCAGAGGAAGGUGCCGAGGCAGUGGCCGACGAGGCGGCACCGGUCGACGUCCCUGCACCGAUUGCACCGGCACCGCCUGUCAACGCACCGGUGGUCGAUGUUGUUGCACCGGUGGCCAAGCCGUUGCCGGCAUCGACAACGUCGGUGCUCUCGUCGUCGGGGCCAACGCCAAUGGGAAUGCCCAUGGGCGUCAUUCCGUCGUUGCAGCGAGCCGCCCCCACAGUCGUCGUGGCGCCCACGGUCGCCGGCGUCCAGUGGCAAGAGGAGCUGGACAACCUCCGCGCAUACGAAGCGACGCUGCGAGCAGAGAAUGCCCGCAACUUGCGUGCAAUCGCAGCCGAGCUCCAAGAGAUUGCCAUGCUCAAGGGCGAGAUCAAGAAGCGGCUCCGAUCUGCCUAGUUUCGUCGUGAUUGAGGACGCGUUAAGAGAGAACGGUGUU